AUAUCUGCUACUGCUGCUGCUACUGCUUGUCAACGCCAGCACGCCGCUUCACCACACCGCCGUCAGGCCUCCUCUCUGGACAAUCAUUGUCGACAACACCCGCCCGCAUGGAAGGCCCAGGCUGCAGAUGCUCCAGUCGCUUCAAUGGCCCCGCCCGCGAAGCGCCGCCGGCGGAACCCCGUUGAGGACUCGGACGAGGAAGACGAGCAGCAGCCCAGAGCCAACACCUUGGCCAACUACCUCGUGUCGUCGCCGAGCUCGCCCAACAAGAACCGCGUCCCGACCGCAUCGCCGAGCCCCAUCAAGUCAAGGAAUGGCGCCGGGGCGACCAGCCCGAGCAAGCAGCGGCGCCUUUCGACGCUGAACAAUGGUGCGAGCCCGAGCCCCAAGAAGGGCAAGGCAGCGGCCAAGGUCGAAGACAAAGGCAAGACGGCCGACCUCAAGACUCUGUUCUCCAAGCAGGCCCAACGUGCAACAAGGACCGGUGCGGCCAGCGACGCUCGAGGCCCCCCGAUUGACGACAUCAUCAGCGAUCCCGUAUCCGAAGACGACGAGAUAUCCGAGCUCAAGGCCAGCUCGUCUAGCUUGGUCGGCCAGCAUGCACGAAAGAGGCUGCGUCACGGUGCCGAAGCUGCUGCGUCCAGUCAACUGCUGAGUGCCACGCAGCGCUUCCUGCGGCCGCCGAAGCCUGCAGGCUCCUCUGCCUUCGACGACGACCUGCGGCCGUGGUCGGAACGCUUCGGGCCGCGAAACCUCGACGAGCUCGCCGUGCACAAGAAGAAGGUGGCAGACGUGCGGAGAUGGCUGGAAGACGUCAUGUCGGGGCGCUUGCGGCAGCGCCUUCUGAUCCUUAAGGGUGCCGCUGGCUCGGGCAAGACGACGACGAUGCGUCUGCUCGCUCAGGACAUGGGUUGCGAGCUGCUCGAAUGGAAGAACCCCACGGGGACCUCGUCCACAGGCUUUGUUUCCAUGUCGGCGCAGUUUGACGAGUUCCUGGGGAGGGGCGGCAAGUUCGGGACGCUGGACAUGGAGUCCCCAUCAUCUUCCACCCUGACCAGUUCUGCCAAUGGCGCCAGCAACGAUCUCGCCAAGAGAAUCAUCCUCAUCGAAGAAUUCCCGAACACCUUUUCGCGGUCAUCCUCGACACUAAACUCCUUUCGAAGCUCUCUCUCUCACUAUCUGGCCGCCCAUACGCCGUCCCUAUCCAUGUUCGGCAAGCAACCGCAACGGGAGCCGAUCAAGCCGGUCGUGCUGGUGAUUUCCGAAACGCUACUGACCACGACCUCGGCAUCCGCAGAUAGCCUAACUGCCCAUCGGCUCCUAGGACCCGACAUAUUACGACAUCCAGGAGUGGGUGUCAUCGAGUUCAACGCCAUAGCUCCGUCUUUGUUAGCCAAGGCUUUGGAGCUCAUCGUUCAAAAGGAGGCGCGCAAAUCUGGCCGCAGGAGAACGCCGGGGCCGCUGGUGCUGAAGCGGCUCGGUGAGAUUGGCGACAUUCGAAAUGCCAUCUCGUCUCUGGAAUUUCUCUGCCUCAAGGGCGACCAAGACGCAGACUGGGGCGCCAAGGUGACGUUCACGAAGCAGAAGCGAGGCGCGAGGGACGGCAUCGGCCUGACAAAGGGUGAGACGGAAACCCUGGAGAUGGUCUCUCAGCGCGAAGCCAGCCUGGGCAUCUUUCACGCCGUCGGCAAAGUCGUCUACAACAAGCGGGACGAGGCACCUCCGCCCGGCGACACUGUGGAGGACUUGCCGCCAUACCUCUCACGCUUCUCGCGGCCCAAGCGAUCGCAAGUAUCUGUCGCGUCGCUCAUCGACGAGAUAGGCACAGACACGCACACCUUCAUCUCCGCUCUACACGAAAACUACAUCCUCUCGUGCGAAAGCACGGGACCCAUGGAUCUUUCGACUCCCAUGGAUUACGUCAACGAAUGCAUAGAAUACCUGUCACUCAGCGAUCUACUUUGUCCCUCACGUGAUAUCUUCUUCGGCGGCAGGGGUGGGUUCUCGGGGCGGGACUCUGGGAGCCAACUUCUUCGACAAGACGAGAUGACCUUCGAGGUGGCCGUGCGCGGCAUGCUGUUCUCUCUGCCGAACCCCGUGAAGCGGAAGAUGACGACGAUGCCCCGAGGCGGCGACGCGUUCAAGAUGUUCUACCCGACCAGCUUGAAGCUCUGGAGGGCCAAGGAGGAAAUCGAGGGCCUGAUUGACGUGUGGUCUACCAAGGCACUCAAGGGCGACGCCCAGGGGCCGACCAAGAGCCUGACGGACGGCGCCAGCGCGUUCCGGAAACCACAGGCGUCGUCAUCAUCGAGCGACGUCUCGUGGAUGCAGCGCCAGCAGCAGGCCCGGUCGGCAAACUCGUCGAAAGGCAGCGCGUCCAAGGAUGGGGAGGGCGAGGACGCACCGCCCCUGCUCUCCCUGGGCAGCGCCGCCCGCCGCGAGAUGCUGCUCGACCGCCUCCCGUACAUGGCGCACAUUGCGCGCGCGCGCAGGGCGCCCACCCGCCUCCGCGACCUCGAGAAGAUUGUUUCCUUCAACGGCGUCGGCGCCGCCGCCGACGCGGACGAGGGGGACGAGGAUGCGGAUGACGAGACGGCCCCGCCAGGCGAGGCGUGGGCCACGGAUAAGCCCUCGGAGGAGGCGAGCCCCCGGAAGAAGGCCGCAGGUAUCAAGGCUGGAGGCGUCUCGGGGAUGCUGGCGCAGAAGCUGGUGCUGAGCGACGAUGAUAUUGAAGAUUGAUGAAGACGGGUAACAUAUGAUUUUGGCGAGCGGCGUAGAGAGUGUACAUUGGGACAGGACACUAUGAUUGAAUGCCUCUUCGGGCGGAAUGGAGAAAGGAACAGCAAGGCAGGACGGAGGGAGGGCCUCACCUCGGCGUUUGUGUAUGUACAUUUCAUCUGCCUGUAGACCAGGGAAGAAUCAACUCUAAUCAAGUCUCAUCGGA